GCCGCGCGGGGUCGGGCAGGGAGGCCAUGAGCACGGACGACCUGAUCGAGACCUUCAGGGCGCAGCUGAGGGACGACCCCGACGUCGCCUCGGCGGUGGCCGCCAUCCGCGCGCUGCUGGGCUUCCUCCGGCAGGACCGAGGAGAGACCAUCCAGGGCCUGCGGAGCAGCCUGCGCGAUGCCAUCGAUACGCUGUCGCGGGUGGACUCGUCGGUGGCCGUCAACUCCGGCGGGGAACUCUUCCUGCGCUUCAUCAGCCUCACCUCGCUGGAGUACUCGGACUAUUCCAAAUGCAAAGAAAUCAUGAUCGAGCGCGGGGAGAUCUUCCUCAGGAAGGUGUCUCUCUCGAGGAACAAAAUCGCCAAGCUGUGCCAUCCCUUCAUCAGAGAUGGAGCCAGGAUAUUGACACAUGCCUACUCAAGAGUGGUCCUCCGAGUGCUAGAAGCAGCUGUUGAGUCAAAGAAGCGAUUCAGCGUUUAUGUUACUGAAUCACAGCCAGACCAAGCAGGGCAAAAAAUGGCAAAAGCCCUGAGGAAACUGAACAUUCCUGUGACUGUGAUACUGGAUGCUGCAGUUGGCUAUAUUAUGGAGAAAGUGGACCUGGUCUUAGUCGGUGCUGAAGGUGUAGUUGAAAGCGGAGGCAUUAUUAACAAGAUUGGCACUAAUCAGAUUGCUGUGUGUGCCAAGGCUCAGAAUAAGCCAUUUUAUGUGGUAGCAGAAAGUUUCAAGUUUGUAAGACUUUUCCCCCUCAACCAGCAGGAUGUCCCAGAUAAGUUUAAGUACAAAGCAGACACUCUGAAAACAAGUCAGAAUCUAACAGAGGAACAUCCCUGGAUUGACUACACAUCACCAUCGCUUAUUACAUUACUGUUUACAGACCUUGGUGUGUUAACUCCAUCAGCUGUCAGCGAUGAACUCAUUAAACUGUAUCUGUAACUCAA